AUGAGUCUCUCGCAGCGCCCCCCUUCGAGUGCUCUCUUGCCGGCUUCAGCAGAGGUGGAUGAUAACUCUCUUCGGCCACGGAACCGCCGCGUAGCGAGCAACCGGAAUAAUGCAACAUCAUCCUCCCUCUGCUCAAGUCCGAGCAGGACCUCAGACAGAGGGGCCUCGCCGAUUCCCGCCGCACGCAUAGGAGAUGUUACUGGGAGGAACGAUUCUAGACUCGAGGUCGCGGCGGGCUCCGCUCGUACAAGUAGCCCCAGGGGUGGCCGUGGUCUGCUCGAUGGCUCGUGGGCUUCGACGUGGGCCUCCGUUCAGGAGUUUACCACAUCACUGCUUACCGGUGGAGAAUCAUAUCAUACCGGGUCAGAAAGGUUGGCAACUCAAACCGCUGGGAAACAAAAGAGCUCCAGCAGUUGGGGUCCCGAACCACCAAACGAGUCGAGGCCACGCUUGGAGGAUGUUGGAUCAGGAUCAUUAACCGAGCGGGAGGGGCGUCUCAGGGCCCUUAGGACAGCAAGUGUACUCGAAAGCCACGAGGGGGUCAAUGGUGGCCUGGAUGUUUCCAGGAGGUUCAAGAAGCGUAAUUCAGACGAGGAUUUGCGAGAAGCUUCUCAGAGUCAGGAAGCAGCGGAGCACCUGGUGUACAUUCACCAUGUACAACCUACCGAUACCUACGCCGGGAUUGUGCUUCGCUACAAGUGCCGUGAAGACGCAUUCCGUAAGGCCAACGGCCUAUGGUCUCGAGACAAUAUUCAGAUACGCAAAUGGCUUGCAAUUCCUGUCGAUGCCUGCGAGAUCAAGGGGCGCCCUUGCGAAGGCCCCUCAUUUUCCGGGGCUCAAGUUGAUUGCUUGGCCCGUACGCCGGAAGGAACUGAUCCAUUUGGGCGAGACAACUCCAACAACCGAGAGUUUUUUGGUCCCUCAACCAACGAUCAAGGCAGGGACGACAAAUUACCAACAAAUGAUGACGAGCGACCAUGGACACAUGUGCGUUGGGUAUCACUCGACUCGUUUCCUAAUCCUGUUGAGGUCGCACGAGUAGAACGUAAGGUUCUGGGAUACUUUCCCCCGCGUCGGAGGAAGAGCAUUAACACCACUUCCACAAUGACGUCGCCUAGGACGUCAAUGGACGUACCAGGUACCACCCUAAGUGGAGAGACCGGUCCUAUGAGUCCCGGCAGCAUAUCUUCUCGCCGAACUAGUCUUAUGGGAAGCCGUCCUAGUCUUGUUGGAGAUGAUGCGCGGCCAGCAUGGAUGAGACGGCCGGGAGGUGUAGGCUCGCUGCGGAAUGUAAGAGCACCCGGGCCCGAGAAAGAUUAUUUCAACACGUGGACAAAUAAACAUCUACCGGGCCUCAACAUUGACUCUCUACCGUCCAUGGCUGUUUUGGGUGCUGAAACUGCCCGCCUCGGUUUCCACGGCGCUGAAGAGCACCCAACUAUUGUGGAGAGUCCUUUUGAAGACGGAGGCGAUGCCUCGAGGUUAAACGGUCAAGGGUCCACCGGCCUCGAUAAAGCAGCUGCGGCGGUCGAGAAUUGGCUACGAGGCGCCUUUGUCAAACGACCAUUAGGAACGCCUUCUUUAGGCGUACCGAAACGAUCGCCUCUUGGGGCAGAAGAAGGCGACCUCAUCGAGCUUACCGACACUAAUAGUGACGAUGAUCGAGGAGGCACUGUCAAUCCUACCUCUAACAAUUUACAGGACACAGGACUGUCGAAUUUUGAAGUCGGUACCUCUGGAAGAAGCGCUACAAUGGGCGGGACCUCGUCUCUGCUCAAUCUCGCAGUCCGAAUGCCGAUUUGCAUCGAAUGCAGACACCCUGUGAAGACGUUAUGGAGGGAGGGCGCAGGUGACAAGUCGACAGGACACAACAUCCGAUUGACGGUGUGCAAGAACUGCGGCCGCUUCUGUGACAAAUAUGUCGAGCAUGACUUUGUCGUACUCUUCAUUGAUCUUGUCUUGAUCAAACCGCAGGUCUAUAGACAUUUACUUCACAACACCUUGAUGAAAGACGAGGAUGAAUUUGCAUACAUGUUCUUCCUUCUCCUCUGUACCCUCUCAACCCUCGCCUUCCACGGCUCGAUCCGUUUCCUCACCUCCAGCCGGUACUCUCCUCUCCACCUCCUCGGCAUUCUCCCGCAGUUCAGCCGGCCCAACUCGGUCUCGACCGCGCUUCUCGUUUCGUCUUCCACCAAGUUAUUCCCCAUCCUGAUGGUAAUAUGGGAAUAUGACGUUCCUGCGGCGGCGCGAUCGCUCGGCUGGGCCGUGGUGGCUAACAACGUCGAGGCGCUCAAGAUCUUGCUGGACUGCAACUACGGCGUGGCGACGCUGCUGGCGACGGCGGGCGCGCUGAGCCGGUGGGCCAUGGGAAGGGCGAUCUUAUGGGCGGCUGGGCUGGAUGGCGUGGACUCGGUCGGGGAGCAUAGCGUGGCGGAGGAGGGGAGGGUGUUGGGUUCCCUGUUAAUGUAUGCAAAGGAUUGGCUCGGGAGGUUGGCUGUUGGUUGAUCUUUGUGGGUUUGGAGUGAUUCUUUGAACACAGGUCACGUCUCUCUCUGCCUAAUCAAGCCUCGGGAAGGUGUAUUUUGCAGUCGUCUGGUCAGAGGAGCAGAGCGAUGCAACAAAGAAUUGUACUGAAUGUAAAUUUCUCAAACGGCCUUAUCAUCUUUCAGAACGGUGACGGACCACACAGUGUCUGCCGUUGUAGAAGCCAACUCAUCAAGGCCCUCUCUCCCAAUGUUUCUGAUGAUGCACCAAGGUUUUGAAAGUUGCAUACUCCGCCCAAUAACGCCAUGCCCGCCUUCUCCGAUAAUGUGUAUAAAUGUUGGUUGGGGUAUUUAUACAACCUUAGCAAUGCCACAAGUCCAGGUCUCGUCUUCCGGAACUGCCACUCCCAUCCUUCUUCUUCUUCCCUUUUUCUGGUCAUCAUUAUUGCCCAGCAUAUGCCAGACGUGGGUGUCUUUCUAGCCUCGAUGGUUUCUCGUCUCUCACCAUCUUCUUGUCGUGUACGUCAUUGUCAUUGCCGCCGUCAUAUUUCGCUUCAGUGGUGAAUGUAUUCUUUGCGCAAAUCGGAACGUCUGGGUUCGAUGAGGGGAUGUAGUUGCGCAAGGAAGGUGAUCGCCCACAUGAGAUAACAGCUGACGAAGGCGAGAAUGAGGGACGAUCGCCAUAGU